UCGUGCCGUAUUUUAAGACAGAGCCAGGCCUGCCGCAGAUUCACCUGGAAGGCAACCGCCUUGUUCUCACUUGCCUCGCUGAAGGGAGCUGGCCUUUGGAGUUCAAGUGGAUGCACAAUGACAGUGAGCUCACCACCUACAGCAGCGAAUAUAAGUACAUCAUCCCGUCCUUACAGAGGCUUGACGCUGGGUUUUACCGCUGUGUGGUGCGAAACAGGAUGGGAGCUCUCUUGCAGAGAAGAUCAGAAGUUCAAGUCGCAUAUAUGGGAAAUUUCAUGGAUACGGACCAGAGGAAAACGGUUUCUCAAGGACACGCAGCAGUUCUCGACUUCCUUCCCAUCAGCAGCUGCCCCAGACCGCAGGUGACGUGGUUUAGAGAAGGGCACAAGAUCGUCCCCAGCAGCAGAAUAGCCAUCACACUGGAAAAUCAACUGGUGAUCCUUGCAGCGACAGCGGGUGAUGCCAGGGUUUACUACGCGCAGGCCGUCAACGAACGCAACGGAGACAGCAAGACCAGCCCGCUCGUUCACCUGAGCGUAGCAGGAGAUGCUGGCGCCCCCGAAGCCGUGGCUCCCGUCAUUGUGAUCCCCCCAGGCAACAGAAGUGUGGUGGCCGGGUCCAGCGAGAUCACCUUGGAAUGCGUGGCCAACGCCAGGCCUGUUGAGUUGCUGAGCGUGAACUGGAAGAGAAACGGGGUGAGGGUCACCAGUGGGCUCCACGGCUUUGGGAGACGUCUCACCAUCAGCAACCCGACGUCCGCGGACACCGGGGCGUACGUCUGCGAGGCGACACUGACGGGAAGCACUUUCGAACCAGCCACGGCGAAAGCCUUUCUUUCUAUCAUAGAGCCACCGUAUUUUACCGCCGAGCCCGAGCGUCGGAUUUUAGUGGACGUGGAAGAAACCGUGGACAUCGCCUGUCGAGCAAUGGGGGUCCCUCUGCCCACUCUCCAGUGGUACAAGGAUGCCGUCUCCAUCGGCAAGCUCCACAAUCCUCGAUACAAGAUGCUUGCGAGCGGAGGCCUGCGCAUCCAGCAUCUGCGUCCAGAGGACUCCGGAAUCUUCCAGUGCUUUGCCAGUAACGAAGGAGGGGAGAUCCAGACCUACACGUACCUGGACGUCACCAAUGUCGCCCCGGCGUUCACACAGCUGCCAGUGGACACCACGGUCACCGACGGGAUGACAGCCACUCUGAGGUGCGAGGUGUCCGGGGCGCCCAAGCCCGCCAUCACGUGGAGGAGAGGAAAACAUAUUUUGGCCAGUGGCUCUGUGCGCAUUCCUAGGUUUAUGCUUCUGGAAUCCGGGGGUCUGCAGAUAACCCCCGUCUUCAUCCAGGAUGCUGGCAACUACACCUGCUAUGCCACCAACACGGAGGGGUCCCUGAGCGCGUCUGCAGCACUGACUGUGUGGAAUCGUACGUCCAUCGUUAACCCUCCCGAGGACCGCGUGGUGAUUAAGGGGACCACGGCCACUCUGCACUGCGGAGCCACUCAUGACCCCCGGAUCACUCUCCGCUACGUGUGGAAGAAGGACAAUGCAGUCAUCACCCCAUCUGGCAGUUCCAGGAUCGUGGUGGAGAAGGACGGGUCCCUUGUCAUUAGCCAGACGUGGUCGGGUGACAUCGGAGACUACACCUGUGAAAUCCUCUCGGAAGGGGGGAAUGACUCCAGGACGGCCCGGCUGGAGGUGAUUGAACUGCCUCAUUCACCUCAGAACCUCCUGGCCAGCCUGAACUCUUCCCACAGCCACGCCGUGACGCUCUCGUGGGUUCGACCCUUUGACGGAAACAGCCCAGUCCUCUAUUACAUCGUGGAGCUGUCUGAAAACAACUCUCCGUGGAAAGUGCAUCUGUCAAACGUCGGCCCCGAGAUGACAGGCGUCACCGUGCGCGGCCUGACUCCAGCUCGCACCUAUCAGUUCAGGGUGUGUGCCGUGAAUCAAGUGGGCAAGGGUCAGUACAGCGCAGAGACGAGCAGGUUGGUGUUACCCGAAGAGCCGCCCAGCGCUCCCCCGAAGAAUAUCGUGGCCAGCGGGCGUACCAAUCAGUCCAUCAUGGUCCAGUGGCAGCCGCCCCCAGAGACGGAGCACAACGGGGUGCUGCGCGGGUACAUCCUCAGGUACCGCCUGGCCGGCCUGCCCGGGGAGCACCAGCAGCGGAACAUCACCAGCCCGGAGGUCAACUACUGCCUGGUGACCGAGCUGAUCAUCUGGACCCAGUAUGAAAUCCAGGUGGCAGCUUACAACGGGGCGGGCCUGGGAGUCUUCAGCAGGGCCGUGACUGAGUACACCCUACAAGGAGUGCCUACCGCACCCCCCCAGAAUGUGCAGACGGACGCCGUGAAUUCCACAACCAUCCAGUUCCUGUGGAACCCUCCACCUCAGCAGUUCAUCAAUGGCAUCAACCAGGGAUACAAGCUUCUGGCAUGGCCCGCAGAGAUCCCGGAGGCCAUCACUGUGGUCACCAUUGCACCAGAUUUCCAUGGAGCCCACCAUGGGUAUAUAACGAACCUGAAGAAGUUCACUGCCUACUUCACGUCAGUCCUGUGUUUCACCACUCCGGGGGACGGGCCUCCAAGCACGCCUCAGCUCGUACGGACUCAUGAGGACAAACCAGGAGCUGUGGGACAUCUGAGUUUCACGGAGAUUCUGGACACAUCCCUCAAGGUCAGCUGGCAGGAGCCUCUGGAAAAAAAUGGCAUUAUUACAGGCUACCAGGUCUCCUGGGAGGUAUACGGCAGGAACGGCUCCCGGCUCACCCACACCCUCAACAGCACGACUCGUGAAUACAAAAUUCAAGGACUGUCCUCGCUCACCACCUACACCAUCGACGUGGCUGCCGUCACCGCGGCGGGGGCCGGCCUGGCGACCUCGUCCACCAUUUCUUCCGGAGUGCCGCCAGAGCUCCCUGGUGCCCCGUCCAACCUGGUCAUUUCCAACAUCAGCCCCCGCUCAGCCACACUUCAGUUCCGCCCCGGCUACGACGGGAAGACAUCCAUCUCCAGGUGGAUCGUAGAGGGACAGGUUGGAGCCAUCGGAGAGGAGGAGGAGUGGGUCAGCCUCUACGAGGAGGAGAAUGAGCCUGACGCCCAGACGCUGGAGAUCCCAAACCUCACACCCUACACUCAUUACAGAUUUCGAAUGAGGCAGGUGAACAUCGUCGGUGCCAGCCCCUUCAGCCUGUCCUCCCGGGUCAUCCAGACCCUGCAGGCGCCCCCGGACGUGGCUCCGACCAGCAUCACCGUGCGGACUGCUAGUGAGACCAGCCUGCGGCUCCGCUGGGUGCCCCUGCCCGAUUCCCAGUACAACGGGAACCCCGAGUCGGUGGGCUACAGGAUUAAGUACUGGCGCCCCGACCUCCGGCCCCAGGCACUGGCACAGGUCAUCAACGACCGGCUGGAGAGGGAGUUCACCAUCGAGGGGCUGGAGGAGUGGACGGAGUACGAGCUCCAGAUGCAGGCGUUCAACGCCAUCGGCGCCGGGCCCUGGAGCGAGGCGGUGCGGGGCCGCACGCGCGAGUCAGUUCCUUCAGCCGCGCCUGAAAAUGUGUCCGCCGAGGCUGUGAGCUCGACCCAGAUUUUACUGACAUGGGCUUCGGUACCAGAACAGGACCAGAACGGGCUCAUCCUGGGCUACAAGAUCCUGUUCCGGGCCAAAGAGCUGGAUCCCGAGCCCCGCAGCCACGUCGUGCGCGGGAACCACACGCAGUCGGCGCUGCUGACGGGUCUCCGGAAGUUUGUGCUGUACGAGCUCCAGGUGCUGGCGUUCACCCGCAUCGGGAACGGAGUCCCCAGCUCUCCCCUCCUCCUGGAGCGGACCAAGGAUGACGCCCCAGGCCCACCCGUGAGGCUCGUGUUUCCUGAAGUGAGACUCACGUCCGUGCGGAUCGUGUGGCAGCCGCCGGAGGAGCCCAACGGCAUCAUCCUGGGCUACCAGAUCGCCUACCGCCUGGCCAGCAGCAGCCCCAACACGUUCACCACGGUGGAGGUGGGCGCCACGGUGAGGCAGUUCACGGCCACGGAGCUGGCCCCAGAGUCGGCCUACAUCUUUCGGCUGUCGGCCAAGACGAGGCAGGGCUGGGGGGAGCCGCUGGAGGCCACCGUCAUCACCACUGAGAAGAGAGAGCGGCCGGCGCCCCCCAGAGAGCUCCUGGUGCCCCAGGCAGAAGUGACGGCUCGCAGCCUCCGGCUCCAGUGGGUCCCGGGCAGCGACGGGGCCUCCCCCAUCCGCUAUUUCACCGUGCAGGUGCGAGAGCUGCCGGGGGGAGAGUGGCACACGUACUCCUCGUCCAUCAGCCACGAGGCCACGGCCUGUGCUGUCGAAAGGCUGAGGCCCUUCACCUCCUACAAGCUGCGCCUGAAAGCCACCAAUGACAUCGGGGACAGUGACUUCAGUGCGGAGACGGACGCCGUCACCACGCUGCAAGACGUUCCAGGAGAGCCUCCCAGUUCCGUCUCGGUGACACCGCACACGACCUCCUCCGUUCUGAUCCAGUGGCAGCCUCCGAGAGACGAGAGCCUGAACGGCCUCCUCCAGGGAUACCGGAUCUACUACCGGGAGCUGGAGUCCGAGGCCUCCUCAGCCACGGCCUCCAAGACGCUCAAAACGCCCUCGGCUCUACGGGCCGAGCUCACAGAUCUGAAGAAAUACCGGCGCUAUGAGGUCGUCCUGACGGCCUACAACAUCAUCGGCGAGAGCCCGGCCAGCGCACCCGUCGAGGUCUUUGUCGGCGAGGCCGCCCCGGCCAUGGCCCCGCAGAACAUCCAGGUGACCCCGCUCACGGCCAGCCAGCUGGAGGUCACGUGGGAGCCGCCACCACCGGAGAGCCAGAACGGGAACAUCCAGGGCUACAAGGUUUACUACUGGGAGGCAGACAGCCAGAACCAAACAGAGAAGAUGAAGGUCCUGUUCCUGCCGGAGACCGUGCUGAAACUGAAGAACCUGACCGGUCACACCCCUUACCGGGUCAGCAUCUCGGCCUUCAACGCGGCUGGAGACGGGCCCCGGAGUGACCCCAGGCAGGGGCGCACCCACCAGGCCGCUCCGGGGACCCCCAGCUUUUUGGCGUUCUCAGAAAUAACCUCUACCACGCUUAACGUCUCGUGGGGCGAGCCGGUGGCAGCCAAUGGCAUCCUGCAGGGCUACCGAGUGGUCUACGAGCCCUUAGCGCCCGUGCAAGGGGUGAGCAAGGUGGUGACGGUGGACGUGAAAGGGAACUGGCAGCGCUGGCUGAAGGUCCGGGAUCUCACCAAAGGAGCGACCUACUUCUUCCGUGUACAAGCGCGGACCAUCGCCUAUGGCCCCGAGCUGCAAGCGAACGUCACGGCCGGGCCCGCCGAGGGCUCCCCGGGGUCCCCCAGAGAUGUCUCGGUCAGCAAGUCCGCCUCUGAGCUGACCCUGCAGUGGACGGAGGGAAGCGUGGGCAGGACUCCCACCACGGGCUACGUCAUCGAGGUCAGGCCCUCAGAUGAAGGCCUGUGGGACAUGUUUGCGAAGGACAUCCCCCGGAGUGCCACCUCCUACACCGUCAGCCUGGACAAGCUCAGGCAGGGAGUGACGUACGAGUUCCGAGUGGUGGCCGUGAACCAGGCGGGCUACGGGGAGCCCAGCAGCCCCUCUACAGCCGUGUCAGCGCAAGUGGAGACCCCGUUCUACGGGGAGUGGUGGUUCCUCCUGGUGAUGGCGCUGUCCAGCCUGAUCGUCCUGCUGCUGGUGGUGUUUGCUCUGGUCUUGCACGGGCAGAACAAGAGAUACAAGAACUGUGGCACAGGGAAGAACAUCUCCAACAUGGAGGAGACCGUGACCCUGGACAAUGGAGGGUUUGCCGCCUUGGAGCUCAACAGCCGCCACCUCAAUGUCAAGAACACCUUCUCAAAGAAGAACGGGACCAGGUCCCCACCCCGGCCCAGCCCCGGCGGGCUGCACUACUCAGACGAGGACAUCUGCAACAAAUACAACAGCGCCGUGCUGACCGAGAGCACAAACCUCAAGGAGAAGUCUGUGGACGCUUCGGAAUCUGAGGGCACCGACUCCGAAUCUGAGGACACGCCCCCCCAGCACUCCUUCGUCAACCACUACAUGAGCGACCCCACCUACUACAACUCGUGGAAGCGGCGAGCCCCGGGCGGGCGCGCCCCGCACAGGUACGAGGCGGUGGCGGGCGGCGAGGCGGGGCCGCACCUGCACACGGUGGUCACCACACAAAGCGCCGUGUUCGCGCCCGCGGGCCCCGGCGCCCGGACUCCGCUCACCGGCUUCUCCUCCUUCGUGUGACGGCCGCGGCGGGGCCUCCGCGCACCUUCCAGCCUCCUUUUGUUAAGACAAUCAACUCCAGUAACUGAGCUCAAGCUUUUGUUCAAACAAGAAUUCUGAUAAGUGAUGAUUUUACCUACUUGUGAACACUAGAUUUCAAUUAGAAAGGUUUUUUUAACGGCUUUUUGUAACAUCGCUGCAGGAAGCGGGUUUCUUUGUUUUCUUUUCUUUUUACGAGAAGGUGUAUUUCAGUGGUGCGGUGGCGAGGGGACCCCAGACCCCCCCCCCCAGUCCUGGGUGUCUCCAUCCCACGCCAAGUAGGGAGGCUGCGGGGGGAGGGGGGCAGGAGGAGCGGGGGUCAAGUGCGAUGUCCGCCCACGUCCAGGCCACUCCUUCCUCUUCUCUACCUCCUGUGCCUCCGGAGAACCAGCCUGCUCCCGCCCGCUCCUGGCCUCUGCGGAGCGAAGUGUGUGCCCCGGGGCUGAGCGCUUCUCGGCCCGACCCCAUCCAUCUCUGAAAUAUUCUCACUCCGCAGUUUGUAGGCAAGGAAUCGGCUUUCAGGUUCCUGGCGAGGGGGCAAGAGACUCCGAGGGGGGGGUCCUCUGGCCGGCUGACGGCUCAGCGGUCGCACCUUGCAUCAUUCCAGUGGUGAAAUCCCCCCCCCCCCCCCGGGGCUUUUCUCUUCCUUACUUUGCCUGAAGCCAACGGCGCAGAGCAGGGACCCACCCCCAGGGCUGCGAGUGGGCGCGGGCCCUCCCUUCUCGAGCGUGUCCUUCCCGUGAACAGCACACGGCCCACCCCGCGAACCCAGAGAGAGCGAGACGGCGCUUUCAGAAUUGCUUGUGGUGUAAGAGGCGUGCGUUGUUAACCAGAGGAUUUUUUAAAUCUUUUUAUCUUUUUUUAAACUAUGUCACAUGAAAUGAAUGAGUCUCUGCUGUCUCCAGGUGCCUUUUUAUUAAUUGUUUAGCUUUGUACAUGAGAAAGACGGAAAGCGUCGGUGUCUCCAAAUAAAGCGAAACAGCUCUGAGAAAGUGGGGCCCCGAAUUGCCUCCUCCCCGCCAGGCCUCCCGCGAACGCGGCCCCCCCCCCCGGUCUCCUUGUCCCGCCCGCUGCCCAGCCCAGCUUUCAGCCUUAACAGGUUUUCUGGAAACUAUUUUUUCCCCCCUUUGCUACUUUAGUUUUCAUCUUUUAGCUACGUGAGAAUAGCAUGAACUACUUUGAAAUUUCGAGAGCCCGAAGUGUAGCUGUGACUCCAGCCAUCCCAUUAUUCUUCCAAGAGGUGGCCGAGGUGACUGAGGAGCCGGCAGCCAACCCCCCAGGCCAGAGCCGAGGUCCAGGUGUAACCGGCGGGCGCCCAGAGCUCCUGGAGGGCCCCGCGUCCCCACCUCGCUAGCAGGAGGGUGGCCGUGACAAUGCGCAGCCACCCUGUCGACACCCCCAAGGAGCAGGGGUGACCUGUGACCUGCCAGUGCCCUGACGGUAGGGGAGCCGGUCCUGUGGCCCCAUAUAGAGCGUGUGGUAUCUCCUCGGCUCUAGUCCGUCUACACUUCCGUCGGGCCCUCUGCUUUCCCAGCGGCCGCCUGUGGCCCCCGGAGGCUAAGGAGAGUUUUGUGUUGGGUGAAAAGCCCCUUUUCAGUUUUUCCAACAGUUGACGGUGUGGAAAGGUUCCUCUCUCUCUCCUCUCCUCUCCUCUCCUUUUCCUUCCCUCCCUUCCUUCUCUCCUUCCUGCCUUCUUUUUCUGAGCGGAGGCAGAAAUAUUCUAAACCAAAAAUCCUAGAUGCUCUGCCCAAAGCCACUUGUGCGUGAGAAUCACCCCCAACAGUUCACCGGACAGGACGCACCUCGGGGCCCCAAGCCCGGCUCCGUCCUCUCGGCCCCAGGACGGCCGGCGAGGGGGCAGGAACCCGCGCGAGGCGACAGGCUGCAAGCUGAACUUCUUGGAAGACAGAUGCCUGGUGGAGAACACGGACAAACUGCCUUCUGUGCACUUCGAGCUCUAAGCCAUACGGACUUCGCUUUAAAAUAUGGGGGAAAGUGUUGUCACGUCUCAGAAUGAGGACCCUUUGGUUGGAGGUGUGUUCUUUGCUUUGGGGUUUUUGCGACAACAUGAAGCUUCUUUUCAGGUUCAUUAUAUUUCCUGUACUUUCUCUUUCUCUGCUUUGACUGAACUUUUUGUGUAUGGGAUCGUCUGUCUGAGGCUCUGCUGGCACCGUGGCUGCUGACGGACUGUUAGCACCUGCCCCCCCCCCCCGCCCCCCGCCCUGUCCCUCGGGGGCCCUGGCCCAUGAGAGACACCUGCACCAAAGCAACAGACUGGGCGUCCGCAGUUGGGUUUCAGCCUCCCCAGGCAGUGUGGGCAUCCACGAGCAUCAGUCCCCAGCCUCUCACCUUGUAAGGAGAAAAACAGACACCACACCAUAGGAGAAUAGGUAUUGAUUGGAUUUUAAUCUCCGUCCAAGAACAGAACGAGCAACGUUUCUCCAGCCACGACCAGACGAAAUGUCCUCAUCUCGCCUUCUUCUGUAGUGACGUCAUUCGGGUGCCUUACGGUGAGCAGUGGCCGAGCCCCCCCCCCCCCCCGUGCACUCCCUCAUCGCUCACCGGGCAGGUCGUUGGGCGAUGAGCUGACCUUCCCGUGUGAGGGUGAGCCAGCAAAGCGGCCAGGCGGGGCCGGGCUCUGUCAGAGCUGGAGGGACGGGACGGGCUGGCCCUCUCCGCUCGGGCACCAGGGCACGGGUUUCCAGGCAGGCGAGCGGCGGGGGUGGCUGCGGGCGGUCCCCGCACCCAACGGGCAUUAAGCACAUCAGCAAGGCCUCACGCACCCCUUCCUGAAUAAAUUGGCCCAGAGCGAACCCUGUCCUGCCCCAGCCUUGCCUUCCGUUUCACUCACCGCCGUGCUUGUAAGGCGUACUCGAUUCAGCGUCGUAGCAGAGGACGGUGUGACGUAGGGCAACGUGGGGGCGCGUCCCCCGCGCCGCGAGCGACGGCGGAGGCCCUCGGCCAGGGAAUCCGUCCAGGUCGCGGGGAGGAAGGGUCGCGCGCACGCUGUAAACUUCUUUUGAUGCUGUGCUUGUAUUUGACCACGACUGGGCUGAAGCAUGGUGUUUGCGUAACGGAUCAUAGCAUGGUCUCUAGUUUUUACGAAUUCUCGGCACACGGUAUAGUCGUUCUCCCAAUGAGCAAUCCACCCGCGUAUCCAAAUCUGGCUCUCUUGAACUCGGCAUCCCAGUAGCCUGGAUCCGGUCCGGAAGGCGGGAACACCGCAGCAACCCGUGACCCGAGCUAGUCUGCUGAGGCUCUUCUCCAUUCCUCUCAGCGUCGUCUUCCGGUUUAUCGAGAGCUUAGGUCAGUCCUGAAGUUUUCCCGGCAAUGUUUUCUGGAGUUGUGCAGAAUCCCAGAUCUCAUUUGGAAAAAAAAAAAAAAAA